AAGACAGUAAUUUAUUAUCACAAAGAAAGUAAUAUCGUUGGAAAACCGGUGAAUGAAUUAAAAAAAGAAAGUGUCCUCUUUCUUAAAUGUUACAUAAAAGCUGAAGGAAUAAAUUAAUUGAACGUACCACUGCUAAGAAAUCUAUUUGUCAUCAAGAAUUUAAGAUUGUCAACAUACGUAUAAAUAUAUAUUUAAAUAUUAUUCUUGGAAGAAUUGAAGAUGUGGCCUAAUGACGUUGGUAUCAGAGCUAUUGAAGUUUAUUUCCCAGCUCAAUAUGUCGAUCAAACAGAAUUGGAAGCUUACGAUGGUGUAUCAACAGGAAAAUACACCAUAGGACUGGGACAAUCUAAAAUGGGAUUUUGCAAUGACAGAGAAGAUAUUAAUUCCUUAUGUUUAACUGUCGUCCAUAGAUUAUUGGACAGGUAUGGAAUUAAACCACAAGAAAUUGGUAGAUUGGAAGUUGGAACUGAAACAAUAAUAGAUAAGAGCAAAUCAGUUAAGUCUGUUCUUAUGCAAUUAUUUGAACCAUUUGGUUGUACGGAUAUCGAAGGUGUAGACUGUACUAACGCUUGUUAUGGUGGUACAGCAGUUUUAUUCAAUGCUAUUUCUUGGGUAGAAAGCAGUGCAUGGGAUGGAAGAUUAGCAUUGGUUGUUGCAGCUGAUAGUGCUGUUUAUUCACCAGGUAGUGCAAGACCUACCGGUGGAGCUGGAGCUAUUGCUAUGAUCAUUGGUCCAGAUGCACCAAUUGUAUUAGAUCGUGGACUACGCGCAUCAUAUAUGCAACAUGCAUAUGAUUUUUAUAAGCCUGAUUUACGUUCAGAGUAUCCAUACGUCGAUGGAAAAUUAUCCAUUCAAUGUUACCUUCAUGCUUUGGAUAGUUGUUAUCAAUUGUACUGUAAAAAAGUUAAAUCAAAAAAGCCAGAUGAAAAUGUUACUUUGAACAACUUCGACGCUAUGUUAUUUCAUUCUCCGUAUUGUAAACUUGUACAAAAAUCAUUUGCCAGACUAGCGUUUGUUGAUUUUUUAAAUACAUCUAAAGCAGAUGUUUCUGAAAAGUACAAAGAGUUAGAACAAUUUCAUGGAGUUAAGUUAGAAAAUACGUAUUUUGAUAAAGAUAUCGAAAAAGCAUUUGUAACUUUAAGCAAAUCAAAUUUUACAGAUAAAACUGAACCUAGUUUAUUUUUAGCUAAUCAAGUCGGUAAUAUGUAUACAGCAUCGGUUUAUUCCGGAUUAGUAUCUUUACUUAUAUCUAAGCCUAUAAACGAAUUAGCUGGCAAUAAAGUAGCCGUAUUUUCGUAUGGUUCAGGUUUAUGUUCCAGUAUGUAUUCGUUGACAAUAACAAAAGAUAUCCAAAAUGAAUCUAAAUUAAUGAAAAUUAUUUCAAUGUUAGAUUACGUUAAAUUGCAAUUAGAAGAAAGACAAAAAAUAGCACCGGAAGACUUUACUAGCAUAUUAGAAUUAAGAGAACAAAAUUAUCACAGCAAAUCUUACGAACCUACAAGUAACAUCAACCAUAUGUUCCCUGGUACUUACUAUCUUGUUAAAGUAGAUGACAAAUAUCGAAGAACUUAUAAAAGAAUACCAAAUAGUCAAUAGCUUUCUUUAAACAAUUUAUUAUAGUUUAACUUGGUUAAAUGAACACAUCUUGUGCACGGGAAGCAACUAAAAUUGUUUUGAACGAUAUCAUACUUUGAAACAUUUUUAAAUUUUUCAUUAUCCUAGUUUUUUAUUUAUUUUUUUUUUUAGAGGGAAUAAAUACAUUGUGUGUGAUUUUUAAAGAGAAAAUACAAGUUUUAUUAAAACAAAAAUCUAAUGUUUAGAAACUACAGUUAUUUUAUGCAAUAAGAAUUUUGUGUCCAGACUGUAAACAAUCGUCCGCUAUACAGCAAGACUUUGGCAGCAAAGUAUCCGCACAAGAUGUGUUAAGUUAAAUAUACUUGAAACUUAUCCAAUGAGAUAUAUUGUAGCACAAUACAUGCAUCUGUAUAUAGUUUCAAGAAAUAUUUUCUAUUUAGAAUUUGUACCUAUCUUUUUUAAUAAAAUAUCUCAUAUAAUUUUAAUAGAUAA